AUGAAACUUCGUUUAUUCUUAUUUCAUUUCUUAUUAAUUGUUCAAGUUGAUUUACAUCGUUAUAAUGAUCAAAAUGACAAUGAUAGUAUAUAUGAAUUAGAUAAUCUUUUAAAUAAUUAUAAUCAUCAUAAAAAACAUUCAAAUAAAGAAUAUAUUCAAGAUUUAACAAAUAAUGAUCAAAAUGAUAUUUCAUCAUUUCAACGUGAAAAAAAAUAUUCAUCACGUAAAAAAAUUACCGAUGAUAUUGAUACUGGUGAUGAACAAGAAAAAUCUAUACAUCAUAAUCAUAUAUCAAAAACAAAUAAUAAUCGAUCAGAAUUAUCUAAUAAAUCUAAUCGAAUUACACAAACAACAACAGAAAGUUAUAUUGAAGAAGCAUCAUUAUGUAUAAAUGAAUUUGAUAUUAAAACUGAACAAUUAGUUAAAGUAAAAGAAUUAAAAAAUGGUGCACAUAUGAUACGUUUUGUUCGUAUUGAUGAACCAUCAUCAUCUCAUGGUCUUGAUAUUAAAGAUAUUUGUAUGUUAAAUUGUUGUGUUGAAGAAAAAUGUGAUUUAGCUAUGCUUAGUGAACAACGUACAAAUGAUGGUUAUAAAUGUUAUUUAUUUGCUUGUAAUGGCAGUUGUACAUAUGCAUCACAUCAAGAAUAUACUAGUAUGAUAUUAAAAAAAGAUUUAUCAUCAUAUAAUGAUGAUUUACAAGUAACAAAUAAACAAUCAAAAACUAAUGAAAAAGGAUCAGGUGCUUCAUCGUCAACAAUAUCUACAGCAUGUCGAAGUAUAGAAUUUUCUUGUCGUGAUGGAAGUUGUAUUCCAUAUUAUGAUGUUUGUAAUUCAUAUGAAGAUUGUCCAUCGGGUAUUGAUGAAGCGAUGUGUUCAUCGGAAUUUACUCUUCAUCAACGUACACAACAAGAAAAUCGAAAAAAACCUUCAAAUGAUAUUGAUAAUGAUAUUGAUGAAAAUUUUGAUGAUGUCGUAGAUGAAGAUCAAUUAAUAACAACAACAAUGAAAAGUGGAAAACAAGAUAAAAAUUUAACUUCACUGUCAUCACCAUCAUCAUUUUUCUAUAAUAUUGAUCUUGAUACACAAGAACGUGUAUCAAGAUUACAAAAAUUAAAAGAAUAUCUAGAAGAAACUAAAGGUCCUGAAGCAUGGUAUCAUUUAUUUCAAACAUUAAUUCAACAUCAACAACAAGAACAUACAAAUUUAGAUUCUGAACAAACUGGAACAUUAUCAUCAAGUGAUGAUGAUAAUAAUUUUCAAGAUCAUUUAUUAGCUUUAGAACAACAAUGGAUAGCUGAUCGACAAAAAACAUCAACAACUACAACAACAACAACAACAACAAUCAAAUCAAAAAUAAUCAAUAGAAAACCUACAACAACAACAACAAAACGAAUGAAAAUUAUCAAUGAUGAUGAUUUAAGCUUACGACGACCAUCAACUAUUAUUGAUGAUGAAUCAACUGAUGAGGAUGUUGAUGAUGGUGAUCGAUAUUAUUGGCGACCAACAUAUGAUGAUCGUCAUGAAAAUCGUUAUAAUUAUCAACAAAAAAGUAAAACUACAUCAACAACAAAAAAACCAAAAACAAAAUAUCCAUUUAUAAAUCGAGAUAGUAGUACUAUGACAACAUUAUUACGAGCUAAUAAUAUUGAUUCCGACAAUUAUUCGCAUACAAGAUCAUUUUUACGUGAAUCAAGUGUUAUAUUACUUUUUCUACUUGGUCUUAUAUGUACAAUUAUUUUACUUGUCUUAGUCGGUUUCUAUUGUCGAGAUUCAUGGAAACAUGGUCGAAUGCUUAAAAAUCGUUCAACAGAUGCUGAUUAUUUAAUUAAUGGACUUUAUCUUUAA